GUCGGGGGCGUGCGGACGCCCUCCGCGCAGUGCUCAUGGCGCUUUACGAGCUCUUCUCUCAACCAGUCGAGCGUGGCUACCGCGCGGGGCUCUGCUCCAAGGCCGCGCUGUUCCUGCUGCUGGCCACCGCGCUCACGUACAUCCCGCCGCUGCUGGUGGCCUUCCGGAGCCACGGGUUUUGGCUGAAGCGGAGCAGCUACGAGGAGCAGCCGACCGUGCGCUUCCAGCACCAGGUGCUGCUCCUGGCCCUGCUGGGACCCGAGCGCGGCGGGUUCCUCGCCUGGAGCACGUUCCCCGCCUUCAACCGGCUGCAGGGGGAUCACCUGCGCAUCCCGCUCGUCUCGGCUAGAGAAGAAGACAAGAACCAGGAUGGGAAAAUGGACAUGUUACAUUUUAAACUGGAGCUUCCCCUGCAGUCUACGGAGCAUGUGGUUGGUGUGCAACUCAUCUUGACUUUCUCCUACCAAUUGCACAGGAUGUCAACAUUUGUGAUGCAGAGCAUGGCAUUUCUUCAGUCGUCCUUCGCUAUUCCUGGGUCCCAGGUAUAUGUGAAUGGAGACCUGAGGCUUCAGCAGAAGCAGCCCCUAAGUUACGAUGGCCUAGAUGUUCGAUACAAUGUGUCUGUCAUCAACGGGACCAGCCCUUUUGCCUAUGACUAUGACCUCACCCACAUUGUUGCUGCGUAUCAGGAAAGGAACAUAACCACCAUCCUGACCGACCCCAACCCCAUCUGGCUGGUAGGAAGGGCUGCCGAAGCUCCAUUUGUGAUUAAUGCUGUCAUCCGAUACCCUGUGGAAGUCAUUUCUUAUCUACCAGGAUUCUGGGAAAUUAUAAAGUUUGCCUGGAUCCAGUAUGUCAGUAUCCUACUUAUCUUCCUCUGGGUAUUUGAAAGAAUCAAAAGAUUUGUGUUUCAAAAUCAGGUGUUCACCACAAUCCCUGUGACAGCAAUGCCCCAGGGAGAACUCUAUAAGGAGCACUUAUCAUAAAGAAGACCAUGACUGAAAACUCUAAGCAGGACCCUGGCUACCUCAUAUUGUCUUCUGAGAACUGCUAUCUUAGGACACUUCUGAAAAGGGCCCAUGGACAUGUGUCAGCAUGUGUGUUUUUCCAACCAGUGACAAAGAAGAGUUCUUUCUAAUUUUUCUCUACACAAAUUCUGUAUCUUCUAAGUGCCUACCAAAGUCAUCAGAGAAUAGUCUGUGGAAAGGUCUGAGGGUUCCUGAAGGCUAUAAUUUGCUACCCCCUUUUUUCCUUUGCCUCAGACUUGAAUUUCAGGAGAAAACUACAAUCAGUUUGGAAAGAGUUCCAACUCUAGUCAAGCAAAGACUUUUGCUCCCUUGAACUGAGAAACAUGCUAUGCAUUUCUUCCCCCUAUUGUAAACCACUUUUUGCUCUCUUCAGGGCUCUCAUGACAGAUAUGCAAGUCACUAGCACUUUCCACUCUUGGGCACCUAAAUUUCUCAUUCAGAACUUUGAUUUCCAGAACUGAGAGACC